CGUGGAGCCAGACUGGGUAGGUGUUUGCUUCUGUUACUGGCCAGAGCCGGGGCCGUGGGGCGCGCAGGAGCGCGGAACUCCGUGCGUCCUGGGCUGGGCGAGAGAACCGGUCGGAUUCAUUUCUCCUUUACCUGGCUGAGCUGCUGGUUCGGCACGGUGCCUGGGUCUCCUGCCUCGGAGGAGCAACUGGCCGGGUUCCGGGGGGCGCCCGCGCUGACCAUCCGCCCGCCGCCCCCACAGCAGCCAGCCUGCCUGCCAUGGCCGACCACUUGAUGCUCGCCGAGGGCUACCGCCUAGUGCAGAAGCCACCGCCGGCCGCUCCCGCCCUCGGCCCCCACGGGCUGCGGACUCUGCAGCCGUACGCCGGCCCUGGUAUGGACAGCGGGCUGCGGCCGCGGGGAGCUCCCCUGGGACCGCCACCGCCACCACCCGGAGCCCUGUCGUACGGGGCCUUCGGGCCACCGUCCUCUUUCCAGCCUUUUCCGACCGUGCCGCCGCCGACCGCCGGCAACGCGCACCUGCAGCCAGCGGCGACACUGUACCCAGGCCGCGCGAUCCCGGCCCCGGGCGCCCCCGGAGGCCCCCCAGGCCCGCCGCCGCCGCCCGCCGCCGUGGCCCCGCCGCCGGCAGCGCAAGCCCUGGGCGGCAUGGACGCCGCCGAACUCAUCGACGAGGAGGCGCUGACGUCGCUAGAGCUCGAGCUCGGGCUGCACCGCGUGCGUGAGCUGCCCGAGCUCUUCCUGGGCCAGAGCGAGUUCGACUGCUUCUCGGACUUGGGGUCGGCGCCGCCCGCGGGCUCCGUGAGCUGCUGAGCGCGCCGCAGAGGAGAAGCGGGCCUGACCGCCUGCGGGACUCCGCACCUGCCACCUGGUCGUGCACGCACCCUCCGUGAGGGUGGAGGCGGCGGGUUUGUGCGCGGAGCCCCGCACCGGGCUGGGACUCCCCGCCAGCCUCCCGAGGGAUGACAGUUGGCUUCGCUUCUCUGACCUGAACCCAAGCAGCAAAGUGAAGGAGACGACCAGCUUUUGGACUCCACGUUCUUGGAUUCUGUGUCCUCUCUCUUUUCUCGCCCCCCGACCCCCAAUCUGAGCCAUUGCAGGCCUCUGCCUGAUUUCCCCUCUCCUUGUGCAGCCCACUACCGGAACUGGGUCCCAGAGCCACCAUUCCUUGAGCCCCCACCCUCGCUGGGCCUCUUGCCUGGGGACGGGAAAGAUUGUACAGCCCUGUCCCCUGCAGAGUGGAGCAAUGCCCCAUCUGGCCUCCAAAACCAAAAUAAAAUUGG